AUGGAGCUCACUGAUCACUCAAGUCAGUCUCAGACUGAUGAAAAAGCUGUAGCAGAGCCACCUCCGACCGGCAAUAUGGAGAGAAAAUUCAGUCAUGAUGAGGUUGUUGCGUACGAAGAGAUGGGUGCGCCUGUGGACAAUCCAAUGACCUUCCGUCGGUUCAUGGGAUUUACAGCGAUGGCUUUCCUAUGGACUGGAAGCCAAAUCCCAGUCUAUCUCUUCGGUGAGAUCUUCGCCUGCAUACCACCUUACGUCUACGGAGACAUUGGCGGCGCAGAUCGAUGGGUUUGGUUUGUCCUGGCCAACUUGCUGGCGCUUGCUGGUGUUUGCCCUUUCGUCGGAUCACUUUCGGAUUUGAUCGGUCGUCGAUAUGUUGCCCUCAUCGGAGCCUCCCUUGUUUGCCUUGGUAUGAUCGUCAGCAGUACGGCGCAUACGAUGAACAUUUUCAUUGCGGGGAUGGCGAUUGCGGGCGCAGGUGCAGGUAUCAAUGAGUUGACUGCAUUAGCCGCCACCUCGGAAAUGGCUCCAACUCGACAAAGAGGGAAAUAUGUUUCGGUGUUGAUCUUCACCAUCUUGCCAUUCUGCCCAUCCGUAUUAUGGGCUCAGCUUAUUGCAGCAUACAGCGGCUGGCGCUAUGUCGGAGCUUUCUGCGGAGCAUGGAGUGGAUUCGGUUUGCUCAUUACAGCCCUUUUCUACUUCCCGCCACCACGAGUCAAUUCAGAGGGCUUGACUAGAUCCGAUAUAAUCAGUCGUAUUGACUUCAUCGGGGGAUUCCUCAGUAUCUCCGGCCUUAUCAUCUUUUUAGCUGGACUGCAGUGGGGUGGAUAUAUGAUCUAUGGUGCCAAGUAUCCCAUCUUCCCAAGCCGGCUAAAGCAAGAGCCACGCAUUCUGGGCUUGACCCUAGUCAUCACGUUCAUUUCAGGAGCAAACUUCUUCUCCGUUCUCAUGUUCUGGCCGACGCAGUCAUUCAACGUAUACGGCCAUGAUCCUGUCGACGUUGGUGUUCGGAGCCUCCCCAUCGGGUUCGGCAUCAUGGCAGGUGCCUGUAUCAUCCUAUGGCUCCUCAGUGUCUUGCAUGGCCACAACAAGGAGCUUCUCAUCAUCAGCAGCGUCCUUAUGACAGCAGGUUGCGGUGCCAUGUCAAUAGGCCGACCAGACAACUUAUACCAACUCUGGGGUAUCCUAAUCAUCGCAGGCCUAGGGAUUGGAGGAAUAAUCGUCCCAGCCUCAAUCAUCACGACGAUCAUAUGUCCAGACGACUUAAUUGCCACCAUCUCAGCCCUCACUCUCUCCAUCCGCGUCGCCGGCGGCGGCAUCGGCUACACAAUCUACUACAACAUCUUCAUCUCGAAAUUCGUCCCCAACGCACAGCACUACAUCGGCGGCGUCAUGCUCACCGAGCUCAACAUCACCAACACCACGUAUAUCGCCGAAGCGAUCGAACUCACCGGUGCAUCUCUGCUCGACGAACUAAAGGUCAUCCCUGGCAUCGCGGGUAACGAGACUGCGUACAAUGCUGUCGUAGCAGCGGGUCAGCUCGCCUACGCUGAGAGCUAUAAGUGGGUGUAUUAUGCUAGUAUUGGCUUCGGGGGCGUGUCUAUCAUCGCGGCUUGUUUCUUGGGGAAUAUCAAGAAGUAUAUGAAUGAUCAUGUGGCUGUUGUGAUGCAUUGA